GGGAGAACUCUCCCGUGAGUCUGCGCGGGAAGUGGAAAAGCGCGGAUAAGGAGUGGCAAGGCAGCCUGGGUGUCGUCUUCUGCGCUAGUGUCUCUGGUCUUUGCUGGUCACGGCCGGCGGUCCGGCUCCUCCGCCGCCGCCAUGCCCAUGAAGGGCCGCUUCCCCAUCCGCCGUACCCUGCAGUAUCUUGGCCAGGGGGACGUGGUAUUCAAGGACUCGGUGAAGGUCAUGACGGUGAACUACAACACGCACGGGGAGCUGGGCGAGGGCGCCAGGAAAUUCGUAUUUUUCAACAUACCUCAGAUCCAGUACAAGAACCCCUGGGUGCAGAUCACGAUGUUUAAGAACAUGACGCCAUCGCCCUUCCUGAGGUUCUACUUAGAUUCUGGGGAGCAGGUCCUCGUGGACGUGGAGAGCAAGAGCAAUAAGGAGAUCGUAGAGCACAUCAGAAAAAUUUUGGGGAAGAAUGAGGAAACCCUCGAGAAAGAGGAGCAGGAGAAAAAACAGCUUUCUCACCCGGCCCACUUUGGUCCCCGAAAGUACUGCCUGCGGGAGUGCAUGUGUGAGGUGGAGGGGCAGGUGCCCUGCCCAGGCCUGGUGCCACUGCCCAAGGAGAUGACAGGGAAGUACAAAGCCGCCUUGAAAGCCACUGCCCAGGACUGAGGUGCCAGGAAGGCUCCUGGUUCUGUCCCCAGAGAGACUCUGAAAACUUUUGCGAUCCAAAGGUCCCCUUUACACACCUGUGUAAAAACCACGUGGGGGGAGGGGAGGAGUCGGGCUGCAGCCAGGCUGCUCAGUGAUCUUCCCUGCGCCCUCAGAGCAAUAAAAUGCUUUGGGAUUGCUCAGCAAUGUGAUGUGAAUCCACCCUAAUAGGCCUGCGUGGGGACAGUGCUUUGGGGCUCGAAGGUGCAAGGCCACAGCCUGUUGACCUUCCUCUGCCUUUUCUGGUCUCUGGCUUCAACUCUUCUUCCAGAUCCCGCUCUGGAGACCUGAGAGCUGCUGCACAGGCUCUGGCUGGUGGUGGGGACGCACCCUCCGGAAAUCCGAGGACAAGCCUUUGCGCAGGGCCUGCUUUUUAAGCUGAAGUCAGCUGACCCUCUGGGCAUGGUCGUGCAGGGGUGCCCCUUUGGAGGCACAGAUUGGCCUCCUGAGGGCUGGUGUUGAGGCAGCCUUCCUUCACCCUCUGGCUCCUGCAGUCCUCAUUGAGGUUUGGGAGAGGGUGUGAGGUGUCACUGAUGCUGCUGUUAGUUUAGUUGUGUCAGUUUCAGUUCUUAGGAGAUGGCAGAGCCCUCUAGGGUCACCGUAAGAAUAGGUUUAUUUGGUCAAGAGGACCAGCUGGAGCACUGUGCCACGGACAGGCAGAUGAGGAUGCAGCCGGACGGUGGGGCUUAGAAGAGCAGGUUUGCAGACUGGAACCCUGGCCAAGGCCGAAAGCUUGCUAUGAGAUAGGGUAGGGCCUGCCCCACCAGGUUUUAGCCACAGGAAAUGUGAGACUGGGGUGUUUUAGAUAUUCCUGUUAAAGUGGGAGAAACUUGGCUUCUUUUACAUUUGAUGCCCCGGUUGUGGUUCCCUGGGAUUUUGUUCCAGGCUUAUGUUUAGGGUGAUGAUUUAAAUGUGUGGGUUGGGAAGGAGGUGGGCACGUGGGUCUCACAUGUACUGGGAACGUGUCCUGAGUGACCACAGCUUUACUGGGUCUGUUUAAUUGGAUUUCAACACUUUGGUCCCCCCUCCUGGCAGUGGUAGCCAUGGCCUUCAGGUGGUUGACAGGGUUUUCAGGUGUCCCUUUUGGUCUGUCUCCACAGCUAGUGAGACAGAAAGCCUCAUGGAAAUAGUUCUGUCCUGCCCUCUAGUGUCACUAACGAGGAGGACUGCCCUGAGCCAAAUGAGCUUUUGACUCCUUUAGAGAAUAAACGUCCAGUGCCUGAUGGAAUGGUGCUUGGACUAGUUCACAGGCAGCAGACAACAUGCAUGAAGAAAAACACUACUAGGGGGAUUAUCUCUUGAAACCUUUGUCAUCUAUUUUCUGCUUGAAUAGUUAUAAAAAGAUGGGUUUAAAGUUUAUAGAAAUGAGUUCUCGUUGUGGCUCAGUGGUUAACGAACCUGACUAGCAUCCAUGAGGAUUGCGGGUUCAGUCCCUGGCCUCAGUGGGUUAAGGAUCCUGCAUUGUCAUAAGCUGUGGUGUACGUAGCUCAAGACGCGGCUCGGAUCCUUUGUUGCUGUGGCUGUGGUGGGCCGGUGGCUACAGCUCUGAUUCGACCCCUCACCUGGGAACUUCCAUGUGCUGGGGUGUGGCCCUAAAAAGACAAAAACAAAAAACAGUUUAUAGAAAUGGGAAGAAAUUAGAGAAGAAUGCUAUGAGGAUUUUUACAAUAGACAUACUUUCUUAAUUUUAUUUGCAUAAGAAGUAUUUAAUAGAUGGUUUUGGUCUUAUUCUACUGAAGUGACCAAUUUUCAUUUUGAAUUCUACCUGGUAGAGCCAAUUAAAGUUACUUGGCACCAGUGUGUUCUGCCAUGGAUCUGACUUUGGAUCUCAGAAUAAUCACCUGUAAAAUGAGAGGUCAGAUGCCAUAAUGAGCAAAUUCUAACUUCUGUGCUCUGUAUCCAGUGGCCCAAGCCGUACUCUGUUCCAGAAAUGGCUUCUACCUGGUAGGAAGGAGUGGCCCCAUGGGGAAGACGUAGAGGAGAUGGUCCAAAGGUAUUUACAGUCCAGGGACUAGGAAGUCUAAGUCACUCUGGGCCAAAGCCAAGGUGGGGUGAGAGCCUUAGGGUUCUGACAACCAGAGUAUUUCCUCGACACCUACUUGGGGUUGAGGCAGGACAGGACCUUUUGGGAUCAGGCGUUAUUACCAAGGUUACUAUAAUGAGGAGAAAUGAGCAGAAUGCACAUUAGUCUUUAAUUCACUUUAAUAGUAUAAACCUCAUUUAGGUAGUAGUAUUAAGCCACAACAAUAAUGCCACAUUGAAACAGCAUUUAAUAAAAUGCAUAAAGCGAAUUCAUGCACUGCAAUACUCUAUAUACAAACACAACAAUGCAAAUUCUUCUUCAAGACUGAAGACAUUGAUUAGAUAUAAAAAUCAGUUUUUAAAAAGGACAUGCUAUUUUUUAAAUGCCAUCACAUGAACAAAGCUGAUUUUAAGCUACAGCUUUCAACAGAUUUUAAACCUGGAAUUAAAAUGUAAUGGCAUAAACAGUAUUUUCUAUAUUGUGAAGGGCAGCGGUUACAGAAACGGUCCCAAGAAAAUCUAACAUUCGAGUUUUCCUUUAACAGAUUUAAAAGGGCUGGUAAUGCAGCUACAUUUUAACAGAGAGGUCCAAGCUACAGGUAAAAACUAUGUACUAUGAAAAAUGUGCAGCUUUCAGUUAUAAAACUAGUUGAACACUGGUUUACAAGGUAACUGAAAGAACGGAGAGACUGUAGAAAAAUACUCCAGCACUUGAGUUGUGUGUGGCAGCAGCAUUUGAGUCCGUGAGUGCUCUGGUUGUUAAAAUGGUAACUGAUGAUACUUUCCUAAAGAAAAGCUAUUUUUAAUGUAAGGUCUACUAUUUCCAAAUGUUACCAAGUUUUAAGCUUUAUCACAGUCUGUCAAUUGAUAAAUAUUGCUGAGCCUUUUUCCCCCCAGCAUUUCAAAAUUAUUUGCUUCUUAACUGAAAGUACAGCCGGGCAUUAAAAACAUCUCAUCCAUUCCUCACCUUCAAGAUACUUUUUUUUAAAACUCACAGUUUAAUUAUUCUUAGAUUAUAUUUCAUUUAGAGACUGUCAAGCUUCCACUUGUACUGUAACUGGAGAGCCACCUUCAAUGGUGAUUGUCACGACAGGCAAGGACAGGGAAAGGUGGAACAGUCACUGUGGGAUGAGGCCAGUGAAGUAGCAGGAGCUUUCUUCACAGCAAAGCUACGGGAGCUGAAGGCUGGAUGGCCCGUCUCACAAAGGCACUGAGUACUGUGAUCUCAAUGAAGUGUGUUCAAACGUUUCAAUAAGCUUAUUAAAAAAAAAAAAAAAAAA